AUGUAUGUUUUAAAAACUUUUGAUACUGGGGGCAUCUCCGGGUCAUCUACUACCGAGACCUGGCGAAAUCCCGCUGCGGCAAUUGAAGCUUUCGCGCCGCGUGUCGUGCAUGGGUUAUCGGCGUGGUUAUCUGUCUUCGACAAAUAUUGGAUCGACAACAUACCGCCGACGUAUGUUUGGCACGUAUUGGUGCCUCACCAGAAGUCACAAGGAUUUUACGUUGACGCGAGUUGGCUACACACGACGGGCUCGGCCAGGGGAGAUUUGGAAAGCGUCCAGAAGUACAUCGCGACGGGGGGAGACCUGGAGCGGAUGGAUUGGGACAACUGCACGGCGUUGCAUAUCGCGUGCGCGGGAGCUUUCUCCCAGGUCGCGCAGCUGCUCAUCAACAAGGGGGCGAAUCUCAAUGCGAAGACUCGCAUCGAACACACGCCGUUGCAUCUAGCGUGUCGCUACGGCCACUACAACAUCGCUCUGGCCUUGCUAGCGAAGGGGGCGGAGGUGGACUCGAGGGAUAACGAGCUCAACACGCCGCUACACAAGGCGUCAAGCAACGGCCACGCCAACUUGUGCCUGGAGCUGGUAAAGAGAGGGGCAACGGUUAGCGCGGUGAACGCGUCGAAUUACACACCGCUUCACUGGGCCGCGUACAAGGGUCGCACGGCAGCCGUGGAGGCAUUACUGCAGGUGGGAGCGGACCUUACGGCGGUGGCAGCAAGAGGGACGACGUCGCUGCAUGCCGCCAGCUACUACGGACACCUCGAGUCGGUGGUGAUAAUGUUGAAAGCCGGUGCGGACCCUGGAUUGAUGGACGAGACGGGCGCGAAGCCGGGAGACGUUUUUCACGAUGGCGUGGGCAUGUCCCAGCGCUUCGAGAUCAAGAAGCUCAUCCGACAGCGGUAUAACCUCAUGGCGGAAGGUUUUCGCAACACGCGAGCAGCGUACGUGAAGGUGUGGAUGGACCUCGAGCGGAAAAAUAUGGACCAGGCGCAGUCGGCUUUAGAAGUGGAGCUACUGUGGGGGCAGCUAGAACGCCGAGAGAAGGAGCUCAACAUGAGCAAAGUAGGGGCAAGGGACCUCGGCCACGCCGUGAAGCAGCUCAAGACCGCUCUGGAGACGAACCGCACCACCAUCCGCGAAAAGAACUCCCGAAUCAAGGCCCUCGAGGAGAGACUCGCCAACCUCUCUGUGUCCGCCGUCUCGGGGGAGGUCGUGGCUCCCGGCAGGCCGCCCGCCACCGUCUUGUCUUGA